AUGGGAAAAGUGAGGAAAGUUAGUGAUAAAUCUAGUGGAUCUGCUGAGAAAGGCUCUGCAGGAGGGCCAGAGAAGGCUGGCGUUCUCACGAAGUCCGUGGGAAUCAAGAAGAAGUCCAAGAGAGAGAAGUUUUCGCAGAAAAGGAAGAAUUUGAGGUUACGACUGAAUGCUGCGGCGCCGGGAGAGGCGAAGAAGGCGCCCAAGAAGCGGAAGAGGAAGCCCAAAGUGAAGGUGGGUCUGGACUUUAAGUCUCUGAAGGACGCCCUGCCGUCGCUGGAGUCCCUCGUGAAGUUCCGCAGUGCGGAAAUCAAGACGGGCGUUCCGGAGUACGACAAGAAGACAGAGCCGUCGAACAGGUUCAAGAAGCUGAGCAAGAAGGCGCAGAAGGCGAAGCGGAUCAGCAGCGCCAGUGCCAAGAAUGUGGCGAGGAUGGGUCAGCUGGAGCAGCUGAUGCAGGAUCGCACGUUCAGGGAGAAUCCGAGGCUGGUGAUCGCCGAGCACGUGAGGAACACCCGGAAGCUGGAGGAUGAGAUGGAGGACUGA